AUGACCGAUGCUAUGCCCGGCACCACGUUCACCAUCGACCACAUUCUCAACCUGAAACAACGUGAGAGGAGGCAUGGCAGUGCGGAGGGGGUUCAAGAGGACGACCACAAAGGGGACAGCACUAAGGAUCCCGCAGCAAACAUGGAGAGCAUCGUGGUGUGUCCCGGGACAGAGAAAGGCCUGCGGGCCGCGCAGGAGCGCAAAACUCCGGUGAAGAAGAAGACUCGUACUAUCUUCUCCAAACGGCAGAUCUUUCAGCUGGAGGCCACGUUUGACUUGAAGAGAUAUCUGAGUAGCUCCGAGCGCGCAUGCCUCGCGAGCUCCCUGCAGCUCUCAGAGACUCAGGUCAAGAUCUGGUUCCAAAACCGAAGGAACAAACUCAAGAGGCAGCUGUCCUCGGACCUGGACGAGAAACACCCGCAGACUGUAUACAAGGAGCGCAGGCUGAGCGGCUGCCUGUUACCCGUCCCCUUCCCGAUGGCAUAUCCGGGCCACGGCGCACCAUACGUCUACUUCACGCACGGAGGAGCGUGCUAUGGGCUCGUGGACACGGACCUAUAA